AUGUCAUCAUCGAAUGAGCUCGCCCGAAAGGGAUCGCUCACACUUUCCAUCAUCUUGUCGCUCAUUGCCGGCGGAUUAUCGAUCGGAGCCAUUCUGACACCGUCGUGGCAGGUAGUAAACCUUCGAGAGUAUAAUUCGAUUCAUGAGCACGGGCUUUGGCUUGAUUGUACGAGACACAGCAGAGACGGAAAUCAUAUUUUACAAAGGUAUGCCACUGUAACUGAGCCAUUGCAUUGUGUCUACAAGUUUGACUAUGACAAGUAUUCUGGAACAUUCGACAUUGAGGAUGACAAUAGUCCAGUUGGAGAAGUCAACCGCCACAAAUUCUACGGUUGGCACACAGCAACAAUGAUUCUUCUUGGAUUCGCAUUGCUCACUACCUUCCUUUCGACUUGCAUCGGAAUGUGCUCAUGCUGCUACUCUUCACUUUCGUUGAUUUUCACUGGAAUCACUCUUUUAACCACUUUUUUGUCUGCCGUCGCCGAAGGGAUUUUCUUUUUCUACUCGCAUAGAGCCGAUAAUCGUUUCAUCAAGGGAAUCGUUGGAACUUAUGAGCAACGAGUCGGCACCGCAUUCUUCCUCGAAAUGGCCGCCGCCUUCUGCCACUUCCUCUCAUUCCUCGUUGCCAUGCUUUUCACCUACUUCUCGUUUGCUUCAUCAAAAGAUUCCGACGGAUUCAGUAUUCAAAGAUCGAGCAGAACGAAUGUGACCAACAUUGGAAGAUCAAUGGAGUUUGAUGCUCCUUUAAUGUACCCACCGCAAACUCCAAUCUCCAACUUCAGAGCUCCAAGCUAUUUGGAAGAAAAGCAAGUCGCUGAGAGCAUGCCGGAGCUUGGCAACAGAGGUGCAUUCCCUUCGAAUGACUUCCUGUCUUCCAGAAUUCGCCGAAAGAGUGAGACCUGUGUGUAG